AUGGUCGAAUUCUUGAAAAGCUCAACUGGCGCAAAACGCGUCCUUGUGUUUGACCAUAGCAUCCGAACCAAGAAGAACGAAGCGAAGAAGCUUACCCAGGAAACGAACACUUCUCAACGAGCUCCUGUGAUGUUGGUGCACUGUGAUUACACUGAGGAGUCCGGUCCUCUUCGAGUACGCCAGCUUUUGAAAGAUGAGGCCGAGGAUCUUCUCUCACGCUGCGUUGCAUUCUUCAACGUCUGGAAGCCUGUCAAGACUGUCGAAGAACGACUACUGGCAAUGUUCGACGUCACCUCUUCUCCAAAGGACGACUUCUUCAAGCUUUAUCUGCACUACAUGAACCGUGUUGGCGAGAACUACCUGUUGAAAUACUCGCCGGAUCACAAGUGGUGGUAUUUUCCGCGCAUGGCCCCGGAGCAAGUCAUUGUUCUCAAGACAUACGGGUCCGAAACCGAUGGUCGCGCUAGGUUUGUGGGGCAUAGUGCGUUUAAAGAUCCAGCGUCGUCGCCGAAUGCUCCACCACGAGAGAGUAUUGAGAUCCGGACAAUGGCUUUCUUCUGA